AUGCCAUCCCCUGACGCUCCUCAAAUGGGGCAGCUCCCCGGCGAUGUCCAGACGGACGGCGUUCAGAAUGGCUCCGGUGCACCAGGUACUAGCGGCAGCCACGGCGAUCUCGCUGCGGAGUUUUUGGCAGACCCGGGUACGAAUGGUUCCAAUGCGAUCGCCGAGGGGAAACAGAACGCAAAGGCUGUUCUAGCUGCUUCAGGUGUGCCAUUUACCUCUGCCGAGGCUAGUCAAGACCCAUCUGAUGGUGACCCGCCCUCUGGGUCUCAGUCGAAUAACCCAAAUGGCUUCGCGUCGGGCAAGAAACGGUCGCGUAACGGCUCCAUGGUCAAGUUGUCCUCUCUGACUGAAGGGUUACCCGUACGUGUACGUGAAACGCCGGCGGACAAGCUCCUCCUGGAGCAGUAUGUCAACCGCGAAUUCCAACAUUCCGCUUUGACAGCAUGGCACAACCCGAGCCAAGAGAUCAUGCAGCAGAAGCGCGCCGAACGAGAUUACUUCCUGACGUUACGACGGGAAAAUCAUAUGAACCCGGCUGCCCUAUAUGGGGUUGGAUACGAAGGCUUUGGAAACCCCCGUACAGACCUGCGGGGGCAGCAUCCGCAGCUAUUGUAUCCGUCUAACCGCCGUCGACCGGGAAAUCGACGGACGAGGGAAUUACGGGUUUCACGAAAAGAUCUCAAGACCCAGAACGAGCAAAUUGAAAACUUGGUCCCUAUUCGGUUGGACAUCGACUGGGAUAAGAUCAAAAUUCGGGAUACCUUUACCUGGAACCUCCACGACCGCGUUGUCUCCCCCGACCUGUUUGCGGAAAAACUGGCCGAGGAUUUGGGCCUUCCCCUCGAGUCUUGUGGCCCAUUAAUUCGCAUGAUCUCGCAAAGUAUCCAAGAGCAACUUUGCAACUAUUACCCUCAGAUAUAUAUGGAAGAGGAGCCCCUCGACCCCCAUCUGCCGUACACUGCCUACAAAAACGACGAAAUGCGCGUCCUGGUAAAAUUAAACAUCACCAUCGGCCAGCAUACGUUGAUAGACCAGUUCGAAUGGGAUAUCAAUGAUCCUCUCAACUCUCCCGAAGAAUUCGCCGCGCGUAUGACCGACGAUCUCUCCCUCUCCGGCGAGUUUACGACUGCGAUCGCACACUCAAUCCGUGAACAGGCGCAACUCUUCACCAAAUCACUCUACAUCCUUUCUCAUCCAUUCGAUGGACGCCCCAUCGAUGACCCUGAUCUGAAAACCGCACUCCUACCUUCUCCACUCCUCUCUCCUUUCAGACCUUUCCAGGCGGCCAAGGAGUAUACGCCGUACCUGUAUGAAUUGAACGAAACGGAACUAGAACGCACCGAGGUGUCAAUAUCGAGAGACCAGCGUAGGCAGAAACGGUCGGUCAAUCGGCGUGGUGGGCCGGCGCUGCCGGACCUGAAAGAUCGCCAACGAACUAUCCGGACGAUGAUUGUCUCGUCUGUUAUACCCAAUACCGCUCCAUCGCUUGAUGAAAGCAACGUAUUCAAGCGAUCUGGCUCCAGUCGACACAGGCGCGCUGCUAUCGGGUUGCGUGAAGGUGGAGAUGAUUCGGACGAGUCGGACAGCGAUGAAUCGUCGAUAACGGGCUCUCCAGCGAUCGGUCCUCAUCUGGCCCAAGGCACUGCACGCACAAGGGGCAUGCGAGGAGCCGCUAGCGCCGCUCACGCAGCCCUUCGGGCGAAUAUGGGCCAAUCCGCCACCCCGGAACCUCACCAUGAAGCCAGGGUUUCGUCACGAAGGCGCGACUAUCGAGAAGAGAGCGUCGAGGAGACAGACGCGCUAAUUGUAAAGUUGAAGAUAAAUCGGGAAAAACUCCGUCAAUAUCUUACCCAUGGUCCGCGGCCGAUUUCCGGCGUCUCCGCAUCAACUCCAGGUGCUCAGCUACCGUCUCAGCAAAGCACUCCUGGUGUCCAGACUCCGGUCCAGAGUUCCAUGGCGCCUCCAUCGCAGCCUCAAGUUCAAGCCCGAUUACCAAGUGUCGGUACUCCCACACAACGACCCGCUCCGGCGCAGCAGAUUGGAGCUAUAGAUGCUGUCCAACCCCCUCAGCCGGGUGUCCCUGGGCCUCCGCCUCCAAGUUGGCUUGCAGCGGGACUCGCGAGGUUAAACCGCUCUUACCCCAACGACUCCUUCGAAGGUGUUAUGCGGUACACCGCUGUUGAUACGGAAACGAUGCUCCCGGUAGCAAAUUCGACCUCUCAGCUGGGAAACAAACUGAAGUAUCAAUAUCUCCCUCGCAUCCGAUGCCACGAUUGCCCAGGCAAGUUGUAUACGCCCGGACCGGGCACAACGGUCGAGAAUUUCGAAGUACAUCUCAGGAACCGGCAACAUAAGGAGCGCGUGGAAGAGAGACUGGCCCGGAACGCUACCGCCGGAGGCAAUGCAUCAUAG